AUGUCUUCUGGCAACACAGGGCCUCCACCGUCGUACGGCGAGGCCACAGCGCACGUCCACAGCGCAAGUUCCCCGGAGGAGACCCGGCCGGAGGGCUGGGUUGAGGGCUACGUCGAGGCGCCGCGGGCCGGGCCCCAAGCAGCCGAAUACCGUCCUCCGGCGCCGGCGCCCGACAAGGCGGCGACCGGGGAGGAGCAGCCUCGCUCGCGGUUAUCCUUUGGCGGCCUGGACCUGGGCGGCCGCGUGCUCGGAUUCGGCAGCGGCGACGGGGUCGGCGGGUGGGGGGUCAAGAUUGGGCCGGUCAUGGUCGGCCUGGUGGACGUGGAGGCGGAGAAGCGUGCGCGGGCAGCAGAGGACGCAAAAGGCAGCUGA